CUCCUCGCGAGGCUCGAACUGAUGAUGAGGUGUUGCAUCAUGCGGUACUGACCAGAUUAAUGGUUGAACGUGACGCUUUUCGGAAAAGGAGGACCGAUUUCGGCUCUUAAGAGCGAGAAUCAAGUGAGGUCGUGUUUAGUUAUAAAAGGUCGCGGCAGCAGUUUUGCAAACAACAAAAAACCACGCCAGUGCAGAAGGACUUAGUUACAUUCACAGCAUUUCCUAAAGACCAUUGGGACUGCAAGCUCUUUCCACAUGUCUAACCUGAAGAAGAGAGGCUCGGGCACCGGCUCGGUGAGGGAUCAAGGGGAAACAGAUGGUCAGGUGAAGGAGAGCAUGUUAACGGCGCAUGUGAAUGGGGAAGCGGGGCUGUCCCCGGACCGGGACUGCUUACCGACCACUCUGGAGCAACCGGCGGACUCGGACAUGGUCCUGAAGCGAACCAUCACGCUGCGGAGUGGUGUGGCCAUCAUCGUGGGGACCAUUAUCGGCUCGGGUAUUUUCAUCACGCCGACCGGGGUGGUGAGGGAGGCGGGCUCGGUGGGCUUCUCCCUCAUUAUCUGGGCAAUGUGCGGCGUCUUCUCCACGGUCGGGGCUCUCUGCUACGCCGAGCUGGGCACCACCAUUAUCAAGUCGGGAGGCGACUACGCCUACAUCCUCGAGGUGUACGGCUCGGUCACGGCUUUCCUCAAACUCUGGAUUGAACUGCUCAUCAUCAGACCUAGUUCGCAGUACAUCGUAGCGCUGGUCUUCGCCACUUAUAUCAUCAAGCCCGCCUUCCCCGACUGUGCGGUUCCCGAGAACGGAGCCAAGUUAGUGGCUUGUCUCUGCAUCUUGUUUUUGACAGCAGUUAACUGUUACAGUGUGAAGGCAGCUACAAGAGUACAAGAUGCUUUUGCUGCAGCUAAGUUGUUAGCUCUAACUGUUAUCAUCAUUUUGGGCUUUGUGCAGAUUUUUAAAGGAGACACCCCAUACUUGAAACCUGACCGGGUCUUUGAGGGGACAACCACAGAUGUGGGAAAAGCAGUCUUGGCAGUAUACAGUGGUCUAUUUGCUUAUGGCGGCUGGAAUUACUUGAAUUUUGUCACAGAAGAAAUGAUUGAACCUUUUAAGAAUUUGCCUCGUGCUAUUAUCAUCUCCAUGCCCAUUGUAACAGUUGUUUACGUACUGACCAAUAUGGCAUAUUUUACUACCCUGUCUCCUCAGUUAAUGCUGAAGGCAGAUGCUGUUGCUGUGGAAUUUGGUAAUGUCCACCUGGGAGUGAUGGCCUGGAUUGUCCCUGUAUUUGUAGGACUCUCUUGUUUUGGUUCUGUCAAUGGAUCACUCUUCACUUCAUCUAGAUUAUUCUUUGUGGGAUCACGAGAGGGUCACUUGCCCAGUCUUCUGUCUAUGAUUCACCCAAAACGUUUUACUCCUUUGCCAUCCUUAAUAUUUACUUGUUGGAUGACUUUGAUGUAUGCAUUCUCUGUCAACAUAUACUCUGUUAUUAACUUCUUCAGUUUCUUCAACUGGUUAUGUAUUGCAUUAGCCAUUGUCGGAAUGAUGUGGCUACGCUACAAGAAGCCAGAAAUGGAACGGCCUAUUAAGUUUAACAUCCUGCUGCCAAUCUCUUUUGUGCUAGCCUGCAUCUUCCUGAUUGUUGUUUCUAUAUGGAUGACGCCUGUAGAAUGUGCUAUUGGGUUGGUCAUUAUCCUCUCUGGGCUUCCAGUCUAUUAUAUUGGCGUUUACUGGCAAAACAAACCCAAGUGGCUCUUGGACACAAUCUAUUCUAUAACUGUUUUCAGUCAAAAAGUUAUGGAGGUGGUACCGCAGUCUUCAUAAUAAAACAAAUUGAGCUCCUUCACAAAAACGCACAAAGAUUCAAGCAGUUGAGAUAUUGUUACACACUCCAAAGUCAAUAUUUCAGUCAAGGAAACAUUUCUCUUCAGUUUGAGGAUUUAGUCAAUCACUUUAGAAUCGGUUGAGGAAGCAUCACAUGAUCCCUUUAUUAGAAAGAGAUUUAGUGGUUGAGAAUUGUACUGGCUGAAGUGUAUGCAAUGUGUUUUAUGUUUGUGUGAAUAUUCCUGUGUAGUUAUUUGUGCAUUGGUUUUAUUCCAUUCUACUGUUAUGAAAUUCAAGUUUGAGUAUUUCUACUUUUGAAAGUAUUCUUUAAAUGCACAAUAUUUAAGGAUGGUCCAAAAUUUAUUUUACAGAAUCAGUGGCAUUAAUGAAAUUGAGCCUUCAAUUCGCUACUGGUUUAAGUCACAACUUGUGCUGUCAUUUUGGAGCACAAUGAAAAACAAAUGUAUAUUUUUCAGAUUGAUAUGUAUGUUUAAUUUGACUAAUGUGUGUUUUAGUUUUUGGAGUUUGUUUACAUUUUUAAAAUAAAGUAAAAAGAGGGUGACCUUCCAGGGAGAGAAGAAAGUAAUGGAAUAAAAAGAUACCUGGAAGUUACCAAUUUAUUUGUUUUAAUUACAUUUUCUGAAUUCCUUAAAGACAUAGUGGGCCAUUUUCAGAGUUUAGGAUACUGCUUUCACGUUAUUCUGAAUUUUUCUUUCCAACAAUCCACUGUUAGAAAAGUGUGGCAGCUGCCGAUCAAAAUGUCAAUGAUAAUCUAGCAAGGAGGGUGAUCAUGUAAAUAAUAGCCAACUUUGUUUAAAGUUCCAAAUACGUUUUUACUAUUUUUAAUUAUCUUCAGAAAAUUCAGCCAUCUGAAAUAACAGUAUGUGUAAAUAUUCUGCAUCACUCCAUAUAAUGCAUUUUAACACCUUAUAACUCCUAAUUUAACUCCUCCUCCAUUCCCCACUACACAGGGAAGCAAACGUCACUCCAUAUAAUGCAUUUUAACACCUUAUAACUCCUAAUUUAACUCCUCCUCCAUUCCCCACUACACAGGGAAGCAAAGGGCUUAGUGCUAUUGCCAUUAGACUAUUAAUCCAGGGACCCGUUUAAUGUUCUGGGGACUUGGGUUCAAAUUUGCCAUGACAUAUGGUGGAGUUUGAAUUCAGUAAUAAUCUAGCAUUAGAAGUCUAAUGAUGACUAUGAAACUGUUGGCAAAAUCCCCAUCUGGUUCACUGAUGGCCUUCAGAGAAGGAGUCUGUUGUCCAAACCUGAUCUGGUGUAUGUGUGACUCUGGAUGCACGGCAAUGUGGUUGACUCUUAACUGCCCUUUGGAUAAUUAGAAAUGGGCAAAAAAUGCUGGCCUAGCCAGUGAUGUCCUCAUUGUAAAAUGAAUUUUAAAAAUGUUUGAAGUAGACAGAAAAAUGUUACUCUUUCCAGCCUUGUAAUUUCUUCAAUCAGAAAAUGUUUACUGUGUGAGAAAUUAUUUUCUCUUAAUUUUCUACAUGAUCUGGUAUGUUUGAGUGAUACUUCUCCUAACGAUCAGAAAACUACAAAAACAGCCUGGGCUGUCAGAAGGCCCCUGAUGUCAGCUUUUGUGGGUGGUCCAAGACUGUGGCCCUUAUUUGACCUUCGUUUAAUGUUGUACUUGCAUCCCUCUAGAAAUCAAACCUCUGCUCACCAGCUUUUAGUGCACUUUUUUGCACCAUUACCAUUGGGAGUGAGAAGCCACACUACCCCUUUACAACUAAAGAAUUUCCAUUUUGUCAUUCAUAGUGGUGGGAGGGGGAGACUGCAGUUCACUUUUAUGACUCCGGGUAAAUGCACCUGAUAGCAAGCCAUUAAGUGAUACAAAACGGAAAGCUGUGGUUCAGUUUCAGUCACUGAUCUGCUACAUUUCUCAAGUUAACAGCAUUAGCAGAGCCUGUCGAUUUUUGAUUUCUUUGUGCCCAAAGAGUGGAAAAAAACCUUGAUCAUCAUCCGGAAUCUUUAAAAAAAUUUUUUUUUGUGCUGAGUAAAGAGGAUCAGGAGCAAAUAUAACACCCACAAGCAAACUUAGAAAAAUAACAUGCUACGACUGGACCUGAAUGGAACUUGCUGAGCAAGAUUGUAGAGUGCCCAUGGGAACCUUGCCUAACAUGAGUCAUUCAUUUCUUUUGAGAACUUAGAGGAAAUCAGGUAAAUUUAAUCUGCUGAUCUAUUUAAUAAUAAAGAAAUUAAUUAUUUUUCUUUGAGUCAUAAAUAUAUUCUGAAUUUCCUUUGUUUGUUCAUGGAAUGUGAGCAACACUGGCAAGGCUAGCAUUUAUUACCUAUUACCUAUUCCUAUUUGCAAUGGCCUAGCUUCCUAUAACACUGCGUGGUUUAAGUACAUUCAUAGUGCCUGUUCACAGGGAGUUUCAGAACUUUGACCUAGUGAUGAAGGAACAGUGAUAUAUUUGCAGUGCAUGAUGGUAUGUGAGCUGAGGAGAUGACAUAAACUGCCUGUUGGUGCUGGAUCUACAACAGACAAAAUAUUUCUAUGGAUUCCAGACAAACCCUACAUUAGUAGUAUAUGGUGUGGUCUUUCAGGUGGGGUUUGGAUAAAUGGAAACGGCUGAGGUGAUAGCGUAUACUUAUGAUGCAACUACAACGCCAAAGAAUCUCAGUUGAAUCCUAGUUAGUGCGGCUUGCUGUCAAUUUUUUUUAAAAUGAUAACUCAUUGAGAACUAAGGCACUGCAGGGUCAAAUUUCUCACACUAUUUUAGAUAUUCUGGCCUGGCAUAACUUCAGGAAAUGGUUUCUAGAAAAGCUGGAAACUAAGCUGUAAAGAGACAGAGAAAGUUGGGACCUUAAAGGUUGGAGUUUAUCGUCUGGGACUUAAUUGGGCCCUAUCAUUUCUUUUUCUUCAUGUGCUGUGGGUGCCCCUGGCAAGGUCAGCAUUUAUUUCCCAUGAGGAAGCAAUGGUGAGCUGUCAGAUGGUGUGUGACUUGGAUCAAAGUUUAUAGAGGGAGGUGUUCCUGAAAAUCCACUGUUAUCAUUCUAAAGAUUGCUAAUUUGGAAGGUGAUGCCAAAGGAACCUUGGUAGGUUGUUUCAUUAUUUCUUGUGAUGAAGUAAAUACUUGAGGUGGUGGAUGGGGCCUCAAACAAGAAGGUUGUUUUGUCCUGAAUGGUGUGCAAGUUUUUUUGAAUGUCACUGAAGCUGCACCUAUCCAGUAGGCGAAGAGUUUUAACAUUGUGGCUUGCAUCGUGUAAAUAGUGGACAAUUUGUUGAAGUCUGGAGAUGAAUUACUUGAUGUAAGAUUCUCAGCCUCAGACCUGCUCUUGUAGCCACAAGAGUUAAUUUGGUUAAUCCAGUUAAGUUUUGAGCCAGUGAUGAUAUCCAGGGCGUCUGUUCUGUGGGUUUCAGUGAUGACAUGCAGUGCUUGUUUCCCCAAUGUAUUGUGUUAGCUGUGUCUCUGAAUCAGAAGGAUAUGCGUUUGAGUCUCAUUGUAGGCCUUGAGCACAAAAUUCUCUGAUAUUGCAGUGUAGUAUGAAAGAUAACAAAAUCAGAAGUUGCUGGAAAAGCACAGCAGGCCUAGUAGCAUCUGUGAAUCAAAAAUCAGAGUUAAUGUUUUGGGUCUGGUGACCCUUCCUCAGAUUGGAAAAGGGAAGGAUGCUGGUGCAGAGUAAAGGAGCAAUUCUUUACCCCUCCUUGGUGCAGGAGAUCAAGACUUGAUCCUUCAAAAGGAUAAUGGAGGUAGGGUAUGGUGGAAAAGAAAAUUCCUGGCAACUUUUAAAGCUCUGAAUCCUCAACCAUGCAGGGUACUUUGGAUGCAGAUAGCUGUCUAGGCUAUUUGGAGAAAUCCUCUGACUCCAGGAAGUUCUUGCAGUUUGUAGGAUGAGUUUGCAACUACUGAGUUUUCUGCCUCACAAAUGUUUGAGCUCUUCGUACUUUCCAUAGUCUUUGGCUUCACACAUUUUGCUGUUAUCACUAUUAGUUCAGAAGGCUAUUUGAAAUGGUUCACUUUGUGGAAAAAAUAAUAUUUUGGAAAUAGUUGAAUCAGUGAAAUAAAAGACUAACUCAUUAUCAUGCAGAAUUCUGUUCUUAAUGCAACACAAAAUUCUAAUUGAGAAUUGAUGGUUCACACCAUCUUUAAAGAUUUUUUAGAAUCCAUAGUACUAAUUUAUCGUAUGUAAGUGUAGUGAUUUUCAGGUUAUUGUGUACAAUUUUUUAAGACAUUUUUACUACUCAUCAAUCUUUCAUGUGUUGUAACAUUGUUUUGCAGUGUUCUGAAAUAUUUUGUGAAAUCUCUUGAUGUAUGUACUGUACUGAUAUUUGAUUUUUCAAUAUAUAGAAAUAAUUGGCUUGAGUAGUUUUGUGCGACAUUUAAUCAUCUGUAAACAGGAGAUGAAGAAAUCCAAAGUUUUAGGCAAAAUUGUUUCUUCCUAAAUUGUAACAGCAAAAUUUAAGUCUUGAACUUCUCCUUUCUCCUUAUCAGUUUUAACUGACUUCCUUCCCUGUGUCCACGUGUUGUUGUUGUAUGGCAUUUGUAGGGUAUGAAAAGUAACUUUGACUAAACAGAGAGCAGGAAACCAACUAGUGCCUACCUUCAUUACCACCACACCUUGCUUCAUAUAUUUUCACGAUCUCAUUGUUUGGGACGUAAUCUAACACUGGAAGUGUGAAGUUAUUUUGUUUUUGCACAUUUUCCAUUUUGUUUAUUUCAAUGGUCAUCAAAAUCUUAUUUAGUGUUUACUUUCUGUUUGGAAACAAAUUGUGUAAUUGUUUAUGACUCCCAAAAUGCUAUUACUUUGCUGAACAUUAUAUUUGAAUCUUGAAAUAUUAGAUGACUGUAAAAGUCUCUUGUAAAUUAAUAAUGAUACUUCAUGGUGAUGUAUUAUGAUUUUAAUGACUUUACUACAAUCUGAAAAAUCACUGUCAGAAAUUGGAAUGAGAAAACAUUUAUCGCAAACUGACUUGCUUGUCUCAAACUCUGAUGUAUUAAAAGACUGCUGUCCAGAAUAAACACAAGUCUUUGAGGUUAUCUUUUUAAAAGCAGUUUUAAAACAAUCUGAAAUGUCUUCACUGAUUUUAAAAUAGUUACUCAUUCCUAUUGUUAUGUUGAUUCACAGAUGUAUAAAUGUUCUGUAGUAAUAGAUCUUAGUGUCACUUCAUUGUUUUCAUAAGUGAUAACUUGUGGUCUUCAAACAUUGUUAUUGCAGUAGUGUAGCUUUAAAGUAAUUGUUAAUAUGAACUAAAGGGUUCAAUCAUACCAUA